AUGGCGGGAUAUGCCACUUUUCUCGGAGUAGGAGAGCAUGAGCAGUUUCAAAAACCUCGGGACUCCGCAAAGCCGUCUGAUGAAAAGAAAUCUCCCGAUGAAGACGAUUUCUUCUACGACUUCUCUACCGUGAUAGAAUCUACCCUGGGCGAUGCUCAGGUGCUAUGCCAGCACUGCAGCGUGUUGCAUUUCAAGGAUUUACAUCUGGCCAUGACUAAGGUCGAUUGGGGGAAACCGUUGGAACUGAAGGCGGACGUCCCUGGUUUCGAAGAAGAUCUCGAAUAUCGUCGAAAAGAUGUAGUUCCGCUGCUUCCCAGUCUGGCCGAGUCUGCAAACUCUGGUUGCGGAUUCUGUGCCUUGCUUCGGAAUGCCAUGAUCUGGCACUUUCGGAAAUACCCAUUGGCGCGUCUUCCGGACGAUACAGUCGAGAUUACAAGGAUCCGGCAUUAUUGGAAUGACGGUCUAACAGCAUUUACUGUACACAGCACUGCCUUUGUUACGCCCAAGCACAGAUGGGGCUAUUCUACAUUCAGGGUCAGUGAUCCAUGUGCUUCCCCCUUCGGACUCUAUUCAGACUUUGUACCAGAUAGUAUACUAUCACCCGCCGGCAUUCUCACCUUGAAACAAUGGGUGUUUGGCAGCAACAAGGAGAAAUCUGCGCUUAAGGCACUUUAUCGCCCUACAAGGCUGAUUCAUGUUGGCGGUAAAAGAGAGUCAAGUCUGAUUCACCUUGUGGAAAGCAAUACGCAUGCCGACAUGGCUGAGGAACCACAGCCGUAUCUGGCUCUGAGCUACUGUUGGGGAGGGAAGGCUCCCUCUCUCACAACCACAAGAAGCAACUAUUCUCAUUUGAAAACAUCCAUCUCCUACGACGCCAUGUCAAAAACAUAUCAAGACACCGUCCGCAUUGCGAGAGCGUUGGGCGUCAAGUACAUCUGGAUUGACGCGCUCUGUAUCGUCCAAGAUGACGUGGGAGACUGGGAGAAGGAAUCUCAAGUCAUGGCAGAGAUUUUUCGAAAUUCCCUUGUCACACUCAUACCGCUCCGUACAACGUCAAGUGACGACGGUUUCCUUGAGCGAAACCCAAGUAUCAAGAUCCCCUACCACUCCGCAGAGUGGAAUCUCAGCGGCUCAUUCUUUCUUCGCCAUAUGCCCUUCCCUUACCAAAACGCCGAGUAUGCGUUACGUAGUGACCUCAACUACUUAUCGGCGCCUCUCUCUCUUGAGAUUAAUGGCUCGGCAUGGCGCACACGUGGCUGGACGUUUCAAGAAGACAUGUUUGCGAUGAGGAAGCUGUAUAUCGGCCAUCUCAUGAUGCAUUGGGACUCUCUCAAGCCGGUUGACAUUAUCAGGACAGAGGAUAGAAUCGUCGAUAACGAGCUAGACCGCAUGGAUAAGGCUGAGUCGUCCAUCAUUCAUUCAUCUACACCAUGGAGGGGCGACCGCGACUACCAGGGCUGGUACGAGCCAAUGCUUGAAUACAGUAACAAGAAGUUCACGUAUGAGACCGACAGACUGGCGGCAGUGUCAUCGUACGCGAAGCUCAUCGCCAAUAAGAGCGGAGAUGUAUACUUGGCCGGCUUAUGGAAAGAGAAUCUUCAGCGGGGUCUCCUUUGGAAGAUACACCGGCGUUCGCGCUGGACCUUUCGUCGGCUCAAGUGGUUCCUCAAGCACCCGCCUCAAUACAUCGCGCCGUCUUGGUCUUGGGCGAGGGCUCGGAGUAGAUUACUCUGGGACAACACUAAUUAUAUGAACCUCGAGUGUAGCAUCCUUGAGGCCAAGACGAAGCCUCAUGGAGGGGACAUAUAUGGACGAGUGUCUCGCGGACGCCUUUUACUCCGCGGGAAGGCCUGUGGCAUCCCUAGCGGGAAACUCCAAAAGUUGCCCCUCGAAUCGCCCUUUCAUGACGAACAAUGCGAGUGGUUGGCUAUAGAAGAUGAGCAGUACGUAGCGCAGUGUGCCCUCGACUGGAGAGAGACAAGCGAAGAGGGGAAGCAGCUCUCUGAGGCGAGCGGGGAGUACAUCCAGAAACUUGUCAUGUUCUUCGUUUCCAGCGGCCAUACGGAAUCGCCGGGAGCCUUUUCCAGAAGACCGAAUGAAUGGGAAGACAAGGAGGGAGAUCCGCCGUUGGAAGUCAUGCACGGCCUCCUAUUGUACCCUACAGGGAAGAAGGAGGACGAGUACUGGCGUGUUGGGCUGUUUCACUCACCGACGGAUGAGAAGGGUGGCAGGCAAUAUUUUGACAGGUGUGAAGAGAAGACUGUGAGAAUCGUUUAG